AUGAUCCGAAAGAGGGCAGCAUCUUUGGGCCCUGUUCGCCUGUUUGAUUUUGAGCUGGAAGUGGCCUCCAUUGUUGGUGGACCUCCCAAUGCUAUGGGUCAGCCCCUUACCAUGGACCAAGCGAAGAAGCGAAUUUUUGGGUUCCUUUUGAUGAAUGAUUGGUCAGCAAGAGACAUUCAGAAGUGGGAAUAUGUACCACUAGGUCCCUUUACGGCGAAGAAUCUUGGAACAACCUUGUCACCUUGGAUUGUCACUGCAGAAGCCUUGCAGGCCUUUGUUGGGACAACAUCUGCCGGUCCAGAGCAGGCGGAACCCACUCCACUUGAGUACUUGCAAGACCCAGCUUAUUCCUCUUAUGACAUUCAACUGCAGGUGCAAAUUCAGGGGCGAAACAUGACAGAGCCGCAUACUGUAUGCACCUCCAACUUUCUGAACCUGUAUUGGAACGCCGCCCAGCAAUUGGUCCAUCAUUCGGUUACUGGAUGUGUUAUGAAUCCAGGAGACCUGCUUGGAAGUGGAACCAUCAGCGGCCAAACCGACCGCGCCUUUGGAAGCAUGUUGGAAUUGAGCUGGAAAGGAACCAAGGAAGUACCGGUGGGUGAAGAGAAACGCAAAUUCCUUCAAGAUGGUGACACGGUCAUCAUGAGGGGAUGGUCCAGCAAGUCAGGUCAUGGUCGUGUCGGUUUUGGAGAGUGCAGCGGCAAAGUGCUACCAGCAAAGCUUCCCGCAGACUUCACCAAUGGGCACAGCGCAGCCACAACAGUCACGUCACGCUAUCAAAACCUCAAGCUGUACUCGUACUGGCGAUCAUCGUCGUCUUGGAGAGUCCGCAUUGCAUUGAAUACUAAGGAACUUGCCUACGAGGUGAUUCCCAUUGACUUGAAAACGGGCCAACAAAGAGAUGAAUCAUUCCUGGCAAAGAAUCCCAUGGGCCAAGUGCCCGUUUUGGAAUACACCGAUACGGAGACUGGUCAGACACACUACCUGUCACAAUCCGUGGCCAUUUUGGAGUUUCUGGACCAGGUGGCUCCCACCAAAAAGUCUCUCAUGCCCCGGAAUGCUCAUGACCGUGUCGCCGCGACCGAAAUGGUGGAAUUGAUCAAUGCUGGCAUUCAGCCCCUUCAGAAUGCUCCCAUGUUGAAAAAGUUGGAGAAAGAAUCCGAGGGCAAGAUUACGGCGGAAGAGUUUGCCCGCCAGCACAUUGUCAAAGGUCUCAAGGGUUUGGAGCAACUUGUGGCAAAACGCCGCGAGCAGUAUGGCGGACCGUAUUGUUUGGGCAACUUUUCUCCCACCAUUGUCGAUGCCUUUUUGGUACCACAACUCUACAAUGCACGUCGGUUCAAGGUGAACGUGGAAGAGGAAUUUCCCGUUUUGGCAGAGAUUGAAAGUCUCUGUGCCACGCAUCGCUGGUUUGUGUCGGCCCAUGCUGCCAAGCAAGUCGAUGCUGAAAGCUAG